UUGUCCAGAUUUCUUCUAACAGGUAGUUUGAAACCAAACAGAUCGAGAGCAGCCACGUCGAGACAACCGAAGCGGACCUUUGACUGAGUCUCCCGGGGGUCCGGAUCGGGCCGCGGUGCGCUCCUGGGCAUGCUGGGCAGGAAGGGCUCCUGCGCGGGGGUGAUGAGCGCUGCCGCCGGGAUGGAGCGCGGCAGGGUCGGGGAGAGGCUGCAGGCUGCCCUGGCCGGGCUGCAGGAGCUGCAUCUGCUCAAGGACAGGCAGAGCGACAUGGUGAGCUGGGCGCUCCGGAUGGACCGGGAGGAGCCGGUCUCAUCGCUCCACGCGGAGCCGGAGAGCGCGCGGAUGAUGGGGGGAGAGGAGCUGCGGCUGGAGGCGACCCUCACCGCCCUGAAGCAACAGCUGUCUCGUCUUCGGAAACAGGAUGUGGGCCUAAAGACACACUUGCAGCAGCUGGAUCAACAGAUCAACGAGCUGAAGUUGGAUGUGAACAAAGCCUCCACAGAGCAGCUUGAGAGUGACAGCAGGCCGAGUUCAGGUUUCUAUGAGCUGAGUGAUGCCGGCUCUUGCUCCCGCUCCAACUCCUGCACCUCCGUCUACAGUGAGUGUCUAUCCUCCUCUCAGACGAGUCUCAUUCCCAUCAGUCCCGCUAGCUGUCACAUUAGCCAACCGCCACAAGCUGAUGUAUGCCGCCGGCGCUCUGCUGAUGAGAGCACCACCCAGGCCAACCCACCACGGGCAACAGGCCUCCAUCUGGGCAGCAGCAGGAUCCGAGCAAGUGCUAUAGGCACAGAACAGACACGGCCAAGACCUGUGUCAACAGGGGACCUCGACAGAAUGAUGUCACAAGGGUUUGGCUACUUCAAAUCCGUGGAUGCCAAGAAACCCCCGGUGUGCCCAAACCUGAAGACAACCCCAAUGGACUCCAAGUUCCAGCGCAACCUGGAGUCCCGCAGUGGGAGUGAAGUGUAUCAUUAUCCAAGUCCCCUGCAUGCUGUGGCUCUCCAAAGCCCAAUUUUUUUCUCUGGGGGUGAUGCUGACACUCCUGAGAUUCUAGAGGGCCAAGGAGCCACAGUAAACUGUUAUGAUGCGGGGCAUGACAACAAAACAUUGGGUUACAUUGACAAACUCCUCCACCGCAGCUUGAAUAAAACCCAGAGUGGAACAGGCACAGACCCAAAGGAGUUCCAGCUUAACCAUCACAGGAGCCCUGCUGAAGAAGUAAAUGUGCUGCUUGAAGCGCCUCAGAAUGAUGGGUCUAUUCCACGGUCUCUUUCAACCAAAAACAGAAGCAUCAACCCACAAGACAUUGACCAGAGGAGACAUUGCCUGACACACUCCGGCAUGGAGCCAUCUGAUAACACAAGCUAUAAACAGUUAGUGAAAGCCCCAGACACUCCACACCGGUACUCCUAUCCAGCAACAAAGGAGUAUACAUCAGAUGAGGUCACAUAUUCAUCCCUGAGAAAGAGUCAGAAACACCAAGCAGAAAAUGCAAGAAUAAUGAGGAACCCUCCUGAUAAAAAAUGUGGAGACAAUCAAGGCUCAAGACCACAGCAGAGUAACAUCAACUGGCACAGACCUGUGGUGAGUCACAGCUCCAGCACAGAGGAGAGUCAAGGCUUUGAGCUCCACAACGCUCACGCCGGCUCACCUGAGUUUGUCCAUGCCAAAUUUGUCCCCGCGGGGUCUCAGAGGGUCAGGGUUAGACAAGCGGACCGUAAAACCAAAGCUAUGAAACUCAAAAGAAAAAGCAGUGACAAGUCUCGAGCAGCGAGGCAACAACAGGGCCUCCCAUCUGGGGACAGGGGGAGGGAGAUGAACGCUGGAACCAAAGCAGAGCAGAAAAGGUUAGGAAAAGGAAAGGCCGCCGAGAGAGUCCCCACCUGUCACACAGAGGAGCACAGACACGGUUCAGGCUCCGACUCUAGUGUCUACAGUCCGGGACUCACAAUCAACCGGACGGUCCACCCUAAGCAACCGCCUCCCGCUAUGAAGUUCAACAGAGGCCACAGCCUGCAGCACCUGGAGUACGAGCAUCCUGUGGAUCCAAGGAAGAGAAGGCAGACGACACCCAAAUGGCCGUCCGGCGGGGAAAUGUUCCAGGCACCAGGCGCUCAGCGUCACAGGUCAAAAGAGCCCCACGCUCCGACACCAAGAAACAUGCAGAUGGUCCGUAGUAUGAGUGUCAGGGCUGGCCAGUGGAUGGGACAUCCACGUCCCUUCCAGGCCUCCAUGUCCUCCAGUUCUUUCCUUCACUGCCUUAACGCCAGAUACCCGUCAGCACCGUAUCACGUGUCCAACCACUACCCGCCAAGAUGUGAGUCCGAGUAUUCAGCUGAGUGCGCCUCGCUGUUUCACUCCACCAUCGCAGAGAGCAGCGAGGGAGAGCUGAGCGACAACACGACCAACCGCUUUGGAGAUAGCGAGUCCAGCCAAAGUUUUCACUCCUUCUCGGACUCCGACAGCAGCCUGUCCUUGGACGAGGGGGACCAGAUAGACAUCCAUGAGGAGGGAGUUCUGGUGUGGGCUGAGGCUGCAUUGGGGCCCACUGCCGCGGGGCAGCCCAUCAAGCAGCUCCCGGCCCGCCCGGGGCCGUCGGCCUGCCGCAUCAAAGCCUCCCGAGCCCUGAAGAAGAAGAUCCGGCGAUUCCAGCCCGCCUCCCUGAAGGUCAUGACCCUGGUGUAGACAAGAUCCCCCCCGGGGCAAAACGUGGAUUCCUGGGAAAACCACAGAGAGCUGUGGGAAAGGGUUUCCCAAACUGUUUUGAUAGAUCUCAGAUAGUCUCUCAUAUGUCUGAGCAACAUCCUUAAUCCAAGUUGGACUGAUUGGUUUUUGGGGGUUUGGGGUUUUUUUUGUUUUUGUUUGGUUGGUUGUUUUUUUUUAGAAUGGAGAAACUUUAAUGGUGAAACCUGAAAUUGUACAAAAUAAUGAGUGUGCAUAAGCACGUGUAACACUAUAAUCACACUUAAACCUCAAGUUAUAAUGCUUAUAUCGUUGGAAUUUGAAUUUGUCAUUGCAUGCGCUUGAUUUGUCAUUUAUAACUGCCAUAAAAAUCUUAACGUUGCUUUUUUGCAAAUAGCUAUUCCUUUUAUUCUAUGUUUUUUUUCCUCAUCACAGCAAAUAUUCAUGUUGGCUUUAUGGGAAUAAACUG